AUGAUACUUGAUUUUGAGAACAUACAACAAAUCCCCUAUUCCAAACCUUUUCACACUUCCACAAUUAUGCAAUUCAUCAUUUUCCCUCUCGUUGCUAUUGCAACCCUUUUUGGCAUUGCGCAUGCUGGACCUGUCAAUUUGGAACAACGUUCAAGUGGUCUUUCUUGCGGACCAGUGAUUCUCAGUACGGAUGAAUUAGGUUAUGGUGAUUCAUGCGGUGAUCGACAAUUCACUAUCGGCGUAAAAGAUACUGAAGAAGGACAAACACAAGUUGUACCAUUAGAAGAUACGGCUGUGCCUUUACAUGUGAAAAUUCGUUAUUGCAAUUCCACUUACCUUGGUAUUUCUGGCGAUACAGAUGGAGCUGCAUUUAGACAAGAUUAUGGUUAUGUAUCUUUUGGUAAGGUGUUUUUAGGAAGUAGUGAUGAAGGUUUAUGUGUACAACGUCAUGAAACUUUACCAUCUUCUAAUCCAACUGCAAAGACGCAUAUCACUGUUCAAGAUUGCUCAACCGUUGAUGAUGCAACGCAAGCAAGACAAUUUUGGUAUUUUCAAACAAAGUAUAAUACCGCAAAUCCAAUCGUAAAGUCAAACGGAAUGUUUGAUCCACUUGACAUGAUCUUUUCGAAUUCCACCCCGCCUGCACUUCUUGCUACUAGGACCAAUCCAAAUCCAAACGCAGGAAACAAUGCCAUUGUCCUCUAA